AUCCUUCAGGAUGUCGUUUUUAUUUGACUGGAUCUACAGAGGGCUUAGCAGUGUUUUACAGUUCUUGGGUUUGUACAGAAAGUCUGGGAAGCUGGUUUUCCUGGGUCUAGAUAACGCUGGUAAAACGACACUCCUGCACAUGUUGAAAGAUGACAGACUUGGCCAACAUGUACCAACAUUGCAUCCAACCUCAGAGGAGCUGACAAUUGGUGGAAUGACAUUUACCACAUUUGAUUUAGGAGGACAUGUACAAGCUCGCAGAGUUUGGAAGAACUACCUGCCAGCUGUGAAUGGGAUUGUUUUUCUUGUUGAUGCUGCUGAUCAUGAAAGACUCGCAGAAUCAAAGACUGAACUCGAUGCUCUCCUUUCAGAUGAAACCAUAGCUGGUGUACCAGUAUUGGUGCUGGGUAAUAAAAUCGACCGCCCAGAGGCCGUCAGUGAAGGAGCACUGAGAGGAGCUUUUGGUUUAGAUGGCCAGGUGACCGGAAAGGGAAACCUCUCUGUGAAUGACCAGAGCGUUCGCCCGCUGGAGAUAUUCAUGUGCAGCGUUUUGAAGAAACAAGGCUACGGGGAAGGCUUUAGAUGGCUAUCACAAUACAUUGACUGAGAGGAUAAGUUAAGAAAAUCUAAAGAUUAUCAACCAAUGAAAAUUAUAAUCUUGGAAAGAAAAAAACGUGUUAAACAUUUCAAUUUUUCUAUGCAAACAAAAACUGCUUUAAUAAUGUGAGAAAGUUGCACGGCGUGUUAAGUACUUAAUUAGAAUACAUAAACCAUCUGUAGGAUUGUAGAUUUAUAUUCUGCUGACUUGGAUUAUUUGUUUAACGCAUCAGCUGCUUGAUUUAUAAAUGUAUUAGUGAGUGAAUGACGACACACAAGGACUCGUUUAGGGUAGCUUAAAGCUUGUCUGAUUUCUGACAGAUAUGGCUGGGAUUUAGAUUAGAUUUUUUACAAGUUCUACUGCAAAUAAGGAAAGACAGGAUUAAUUUUGAUCUGAUGAUGCGCAGCCGCUACCUCCAAAGCACAAAGCCAAAUAUGUAUGCUAAUUUCUUGGGGAUUAACAGAGAGAUGGAUUGGAUUCCAACAAGAUUUCUUUUUUCUUACUGAGCACCAAACCAGAAUAACACUAAAUCCCCUCAACAAACCAGAUAUGAGGGUGAACAAACAGAAGCACUAUUGGAGGAUUCAAAUUAAAAAGCUUAUCAAUGAGAAUCCUUUCAUUUAUUUAUUUAUUUUUAUUUAUUUAUUUAGGCUUCCACAGUUACAAGUUGAUUACUACUAACACUUAAAUACAUAUAUCA